GAUUUUCUCUAUUUCCUGGGACACAGCAAGAAUUGAAAGUAUUGUCAGGCAAGCAAGAAGGCCAAGAAGAAGGUUGCAGACUUGAGAGGACCAUUUUCCUGAAGCGAACUAUUGCCCCAGAAGAGUGAAGAAUGCUGGACAGGGCUGUUCUCCUUCUCUUCCUCCAUUUCAUCAUGUGUUCCCUCUCGUCUCCUCUCUACCCAGCACUCAGAUAUAGUCCACUCCCUAUUUCUGGCAAGGCAGUGAGCUUUCAACUGCAAGAAAGUGGUCCUGUGCAAAGCCACAACCUCUCAGUAGAAGAGCAGGAGGAGGAGAACUUCCUCACUGACCCUGCUGAGAAAAGGAUGCAGCGCCAUGCAGAUGCAAUAUUUACUGAUAGUUACCGCAAAGUUCGGGGUAAGAUGUCAGCCCAGAAGUUAUUGCAAGGCAUCGUUGGGAAAAGACUUGGGGAAGGCAGCCUGGGGGAUGAGGAACAUGAAUUCAUGACCCGGAGGCAGUCGGACAGCAUCCUGAUGGGCAGCCGCUAUCACCAGCAGAUGGUACUGAGGAAUUUCUUGGGAGCCAUGUUGCAGAAUCAAAGGUCUCAAGAUAUCAAUGAUGACCACUUGGAGGAUUUUGUCAGUGUCCUAACCAAGCUAAUGGAACUGUAAAUAUGCUUUGUCCUGCUUCAUUCUGGUCAGCGCCACUCUCGGAGCACCCAACUUUUCAAGAGUUCUUCCUGCUUCUGAAGCAGUAUGAAUAAACAGAUAUCUUACUAUGUGCAUCAAUACUGUCCAGAAUGCCAUCAGGAAAACAAAGUGUGAGGGACUUCUGUUUCCUGUGCUUACUACAGUUCGACUGUUGAGUAUGUAGCCUAACUUCAGUUUGAAAAUAAAUGCCUCUGAUGUAUAGCAAUCAUAUAUAUAUAUCUCCAAACUCU